AUGGAACAGGGAUUCGACAAUGGAUGGUGGGGAACUAUCCUCGGAACGCAUGCUUUUCUUCGCGAUUACGGCUCUUGCGAGACAGUCAAUGGCAAAGACACCUGCCACUUGACUGCUCCCCAAGUCUCAGCAGGUAGUGCCGUACAGUCGGUUGGUAUUAUGCUUGGCUGUAUUCUUGCCGCCUAUGUCAAUGAAACAAUUGGUCGGCGACUCUCCCUCGUGACAACUGCAUCCAUCUCCAUCAUCGGCAUAGUUAUCGAACUUACCAGCGCCGUUGGUUCGCCUCGUUACUCCCAGUUCGUCGUUGGAAAGACUGUCGCAGCUCUCGCAAUGGGCAUGGCAGUCAACGUGGUUCCUAUCUACCUCUCGGAGACAUCCACAGCCGCUGCCCGUGGUUUUGCAGUUAAUAUGUACCAGAAUAUUAUGCUUGUUGGUGCAAUCACUGCUUCUGGUGUUGUCUACGGCACCUCACAACUUCAGACCGCCGCAUGCUACUUGAUCCCGAUUGGCCUCCAGCUUUUUGCGCCCACCAUGCUGAUCAUGAUGGCUCCAAUGCUUCCAGAGAGUCUUAGAUGGUUGGUUACAAAGGGUCGAAACGAAGCCGCCGCCACCGCCGCAAAACGACUUUUCGCCACGAACAUGAACUCUUUCGACGCCGAUGGCUAUGUAGAAAAGAUACACCUAGCAGUCCAAGAGGAUCGUGCACAAGCAUCAGCAGGAUGGAAGGAUAUGCUGAGAGGCCCUAACCUGCGCCGCCUUCUCAUUGGCGUUGGCAUCCAGUGUCUCGCCCAGGCUCAAGGCGUCACAUACAUCCUCAACUAUAUCAGCUUCUUCCUUGGCUAUGCUGGUAUCACCGACAUCUUCCCAUAUGUUAUCAGUGCUUUCUGCCUCAACUAUGUCGGAGUACUGACUGGUCACUUCCUUCCCGACAAGUUUGGCCGUCGCGUCUUGGUUAUCUGUACUUCUCUUAUUUGUGGUGUAUCUCUCGUGAUUAUGUCUGCAUUAAUGGUGGUUGAGGGAAACAAGGCGUCCGGAGUGGUUAUGGUGGUCCUUCUCUUUAUCUGGAUGGGCUCCCUGGGUGCUCAGUCUCCACUGGUCUGGAUCAUUACGGCCGAAUCAGCACCUACUCGUAAUUGUGAGAGAGUCAUUGCCACGUCCAUCUUCUUUGGAUUCGGUAUAGCCCUGCUUACGUCUUCUGUUUCACCAUUUCUUCAGGAUCCUGAAUAUGGAAACCUCGGCGGAAAGAUUGGCUUCCUGUGGGCGAGUUUCUCCUUUAUUACUGUCGCCUGGGUUUUCUUUCUUCUACCAGAAAUGAAAGGAUUCUCUCUGGAACAGCUUGACUAUCUCUUUAAUAAAGGCACUCCCACCCGAAAGUUUAAAUCAUACGUCUUCUCAGACUCGGUUCUUGCUGUUCAGGAUAUGGGACUGAGGAAUGAGGAGGAUGAAGAACUUGAAAAGAGCCCCCAGGAGCAGACUGUUAAGCAUAGCGCUUAA